ACCAAGGGCUGGCAACCAAUAUUGCGAAUAGUCACCUCAACUUCCGUCAAAAAUAAGUUGUGUGAAAUGUGUUGUAUAUGUUUAUUUUAACAACAUAACACGGUGUGUGGCAAAGUGUACGAAAUUGUUGAUUAUUAUAAUAAACCAUUAUCUAUCUAAAAUUCAGAAUAGCAAUAUGAGAAGCUUUUUUGCUGUAAAAACCUGUUACAAUUUUUUAUAAUGUGUUGAUACGUUACUGUCAGUUUAGAUAAUUCGUUUGAUAUUUACUUUAUUGUUAUUUCAUAAAGGCAAACAUGAAUCUUUCGGACCCUUCAGAUGAUGACUCUAGCAGUGAUGAGAGCACUGUGGCUGCGAAACGUUCUCGGGCUGAUACUUACGGAGCAUCAUCUACAACAUCUCAUGGUUCUGCUUUGCAAGAAUCAGAUAAAGAAAGCCCAGAAACUCCAAUUGCUGAAAACAAUUAUGGUGAUUUUCAACAGCCGGGUAAAAUUAGGCAAAAUUACAGAGAUCAAAGCCCAGAAGAGAACAUCAGACUUAGUAGAAGUAGUUUAAGUGAAAAUUGUUCUUCACCAAGUGAUCAGUUUGAUGAUUAUCGGCCAGGAUUUGAUGAGGGAGAUGAUGGAGAUGGUUCAACAAGACCCACCUUUCAAGAUUCCGGAGAUACAUUUUACAAUAAAAUUAAUUCAGAUCCAAACAAUAAGUUUGAAGAUGCCUACAGUGGAGAAUAUUCUGAAAAGUCUAAACGUAUGAUGAAGAACAUGGGUUUCAAGCCAGGAAAAGGUUUAGGGAAAUUUGAGCAUGGCAGAACCCAGCCUGUUGAAGCAUCUACACAAAAAGGCAGGAGAGGUUUGGGGGCCAAACCAUCUGCAGUUGGUGCUUUACCUGAAAUUAAGCAUAUUACUGAAGAAUCCAAGCCAGAAGCAAGGGAGCAAGUAUUAUGGCUCGAUCCUGCCUCAGAAGAACCUUGUUCCGGUGAGGUUUUAGAGAAAUGGCUAAGAAGAGGGCCAAAGAAAACAACAAUUGAUGAUGAAACAGAAUUUGUCGACCCAGAAAUAUUGAAAGGGGUUUUAGAUUCAAAGACUAUAUUUGACAGUUUAGAUGAUGAAGAUCUAAGGCAUGCUCGUUUUCGUAGUAAUCCCUAUGAAACUAUUGGCUCCGUAGUAUUUUUGAACAGAGCUGCCGUAAAAAUGGCAAAUAUCGACGCUGUAUUCGAUUUUAAUUUUACAAAUCCUAAGAAACAAAACGGCGAAGAUGCAGUGGAUGUUAAAGAAAUAUUAUAUUUUGCCGAUGUUUGUGCUGGUCCUGGAGGAUUCUCGGAAUAUGUGUUGUUUAGAAAAGGCUGGAGAGCAAAGGGUUUCGGAUUCACUUUAAAAGGUCUUAAUGAUUUCAAACUCUCUGAUUUCUAUGCUGGAUCACCAGAGACUUUUCAUGCUUAUUAUGGUGUGAAAGAUGAUGGAAAUAUAUUUGAUCCUGCUAAUCUUUCAUCAUUAAAAGAACAUGUUCUGAGACAAACAGAAGAUAAAGGUGUACAUUUCUUGAUGGCAGAUGGUGGAUUUUCAGUGCAAGGCCAGGAAAAUAUACAAGAAAUACUCUCUAAGCAACUGUACCUGUGCCAGUGUCUUGCUGCAUUGAUGUUGGUGAGAACUGGAGGACAUUUCGUAGUCAAACUCUUUGAUGUUUUCACACUUUUUAGUGUUGGAUUAAUAUACAUCUUAUACAGAUGUUUUGACAAAGUUUGUAUUCAUAAACCAGUGACGUCCAGACCAGCCAAUUCAGAACGGUACUUGAUAUGCAUGUGGAAAAGGCUAGGCACAGAGCCGUCUGAGCAACACCUAGCCUCUGUCAAUUCUAUGUUGUGGAGUGACGUCGAACGUGGCGGAGAUGUUUCACAACUUGUUCCCUUAAGCGUCAUUAAGUCUGAUAAAAACUUUUUCGACUACAUUUACAAAAGCAACUGUUUACUUGGUGAACGACAGAUCCAAAAUUUACUUAAAAUAGCUAAAUUUAGUAAAGAUAAAAACUUAGUUGAAACGUCGCAGGCCGAAAUGAAAGAACAGUGCUUAGCUUUAUGGAAAUUACCCGAUGCCGUGAGAACACAGCCCCAGCGGCUUAGUCAUGAUGAUACAUUAACAGCAAUUAGAAAUUUAAUGAAGAAACCGUCCACGGAGUCGCACAGUUUAUAUUCCUUUAAAUCGAAUAUUUUAAAUAAACCACCAGAGUAUUUAGAGAACCGAGCUGAUUUAAAAGUGUUUUUCAAGAAUGUAUAUGACUGGCAUCUAAUGUUUUUAAGCAGUGGAAAAAAUAGUCCAGACUUAAGAAUAUUUAUAGGGUGUGGCGGUAAACAAGUAUUUCAAUUGGAAGCAAAUUCGUGGAGAACAGUUGUGGAUUUACAUAUCACACUACCAGCUAAAACACUCAUUUAUGGAGAAGUAGUGAAAGAAUAUCGAGGCGAAGGUAACAAUCAAAUGUAUAGCAAGUCAUUACACAUCAUAGAUGCACUGAUGUUAGGAGGGAUCGAUAUCUCAGGCGAAUCGUUGACAGACAGAAUACAUCAAUGUAAUCUAUUUUGUUCCGCAUUAAAUAAGCCUUUUGAUAAUCAAGCUCUUCCAAUAAGAGUCAAGAGAUUAUACAAUAUGGAACAAUUUGAGUCUGCUGUGAGUAACUUAGAUUACCGUGCCAUGAAGAGAGUCAAGAGAGCGAUCACCAUAGACACGCCGGAUAGAAUCAAUAGAAAUGAAAUGUUCUAUGCUGUAGGAUCCGUUUUAUUUAUAAAAGAAAUAAAAGAACCUUGGAUUGCAGCAAUGUCGAAGAGCAGUGGUUAUAAAUAUUAUUUUAGCAUCGGAAGAGAUGGAAAACGAAACAGCGAAUAUCAUAUCCCAACCCCAGCUAAAAUGGAUAUGUUGAGCGCAUACACUCGACGUGUUAUGUGGUCAUGGGAGCCAUCAGCUAGUGCUAUAUUUGAUAGCCAAACAAAAAAAGCCGUUACUCGGGCUGACAUGGAAGAACAUGUGGCCAGUCAGACAAAUAAAUAAAAUAUCGCCAAAUUUGUAAAUAUUAAAUCUAAGGACUUAAAACUAAGGUGGAAGUUCCAGUGAGUGAUACAAACAUUUUUUCAGAACAUUGAAGGGUUUCAAUGAAAUCGAGCUGAUAACGUACGCAUGAAGUAUGUUUGAAUAAACAAUUUUAAAAACCGU